AUGCGUGAAAUCGUUCAUCUUCAAGCCGGGCAGUGCGGUAACCAGAUCGGCGCUAAGGUAUGGUGUACGCCCUAACAUUUAGAAUAUAUCCAUUUUUUAUCUAAAAAGCCUAGAACGCUCACUGUUCUUCAUGGCUUUUCAGUUCUGGGAAGUGAUUUCUGAUGAGCAUGGCAUCGACCCAACUGGCACAUACCACGGAGAUUCUGAUCUUCAGUUGGAAAGAAUCAAUGUGUACUACAACGAAGCUACAGGUACUUUAACCGUCAGUCAAAUGGUCCCAAUGUUUCGUUGCGUGCUAAAACGCCAGGAAUUCGGUCGCGCCCGAAUUGCUCUUCCCCUUCCCUUUUGAUAGCUUGCCACGCAGGCUAAGUCCACGAAAACCAAAUUUGCAAUCAAUAUUCUCACUUUUGAUCAAAGCAUUCAACGGAACGUUAUUUUCCGCUUGUAACACCAACGCUUACUGCUUUUACGUUCAUUUAACCUUGCCUACGUUGAAGAGUUUAGGGUAGUUUUCUUUCUGUAGUUCUCUAUUUCGAUUUAAGGACAUUCCUCUGAAAUGGAACCAGCUGCGUUGAGAUUUUUGUCAAACUUCACCGACUGAUUGUGUAUGUUGUAGAAAGGUAAAGUUUGAAAUAAAAUGGGGGGAACCCCAUACUGGUUUAGGAGCAGGAGCGACUUGUCUGUACCCAAUAAUUCCUUAAAAUACAAAUAUGAUUGAUGUAUUCACGAGUACAUGUUUUGAAUAGUUUUCCGACGAUUGUUUCUUUUUCUACUCUGGGAAUUAGUCUACAUUUAUUCUAGACAAAGAAAGUUACUGUUGAUGUUAAAAAGAAACACGUCACCACCCUGCGGAGCUCCAGCCUCAACGAGAAAACCGCCAUGCUUUAAUGUGCGUACGCUAAUCACGAGUGCAAAUUGUGCGCCCUAAGGAUGCGCUAAGGAAUACUUAGCACUGAAUAACCUUAAUGUCUCGUAGCCAUUCACCGAUUGGUGUCCAUUGCACAUUAUUCUAGGCGGAAAAUAUGUUCCCAGAGCCUGCCUUAUCGAUCUGGAGCCAGGCACGAUGGAUUCAGUGCGAUCCGGCCCUUUUGGACAGAUCUUCCGACCUGACAACUUCGUCUACGGUGAGUGCAAAUGAAUAUUAAAAUAAUGAGCGACACUCAGAUAUCUGCAUCAGAAAUUAACACAUGCGAUGCCACGUUUCCCUCAGGUCAGAGCGGCGCUGGAAAUAACUGGGCAAAAGGACAUUAUACUGAAGGCGCCGAGUUGGUAGAUUCCGUACUCGAUGUCGUCCGCAAAGAAACAGAGUGCUGCGAUUGCCUUCAAGGCUUUCAGCUCACGCACUCUCUGGGCGGUGGAACCGGCUCUGGAAUGGGAACUCUGCUCAUUUCGAAGAUCAGGGAAGAAUAUCCCGACAGAAUCAUGAACACAUUCAGCGUUGUACCAUCACCCAAAGUAUCGGAUACCGUUGUUGAACCUUACAACGCCACACUGUCGGUCCAUCAGUUGGUCGAAAACACUGAUGAAACAUACUGCAUCGACAAUGAAGCUCUGUACGAUAUCUGUUUCCGAACUCUGAAGCUCUCCACACCAACUUAUGGCGACUUGAACCAUCUUGUCUCAGCCACAAUGAGCGGUGUUACGACUUGUCUUCGCUUCCCCGGACAGGUAUUGUUGGAUUUUUUUGAAUGACUAAAAAGAACGAAAUUUUGCGAUAGAAAAAGAUCUCGCCCAGAAUACGGACGUGCGCAUAUAAAGAGCGAAAGAAACGACCGUGAAAUAAACAAAAAUCUUAAGAUCGUGGGUUUUGUAGCAAGAAAUAUCACAAAGUGAAUGUGGUACGAAAAAGGUUUCUUUUCUUUCGGGAGGUGGGGGGAGGGGAACCCUGUUAGUGUGAGAAAGAAAACUUACACGGAAAAAGUGAUGAUAAUUAAAUCUCCAAAAUACUCGAGUAAUGGAUCGAUCGCUGAUUAAAACAAUCUUUACAGAAAAAAUAGAAGAUAAAGAAAGCGAGAAUUUAAUUUCAUCUGCGUUGAUUUGAACUUACACUCAAACAAAAUCGUUUUCAGAACUGUCCAUCUGAUAUCCAUUUUUAGAGGGGCAGCUGUAUAAAAUGCGAUAAUCGCCUUCCCGUCUUUAGAUAUUGGACUGAUACUGAAUAUAAAAGUAACGUGUCAAAAUGUUUUGACAUUUCGCCCGUGUUUUUCUUUUUUACUUAUCUUCGGCCUAUUCACUUAUUUACAUUCAUUUUCACGUUUGCAAGCGUAUUGCGCAUGUGCAGCAGGAUUAAGACGCCAAACGACAAGAGAGGAUUGCUUUUUUAGUUUCAGAGUCGCAAUAUCGAAAUCCAAGAAAAAAACUGUCAAUUGAAAACAAAAGAUAAGGAGAAAAAAAGGAACAAAAGUGCAAUACCGACAACCGUAUAUAAAUAACUUAUUGACGAUCGAAAGUUUUUCCUCAUAACGAAUGCUCUACAUGGUAACGGAAAGGCUGACCUCCUAAGUGUGGCAACUCUGUCUCAUUGCCUCUAUUGUUGGUUUGCACGUGACGUCACGGCGGCCAUGUUGGUGGUCAAGAACAAAAUCAUUUCUCUCCUCUGGGAACUAAACUUUGUUUUCAUGUAAAUUCUUCCAGAAAAAAUCCUAUUGUAUUGACCCCCAAAAUGGCCGUCCUGUCACGUGGUUGCAAACAAACAGUAUUCAAACACUGAAACCAUCACACAUAAUGUGAAUCCUCGAUAUAAUGAACCCCUAUCUAAAAGGACACCGAAAUAACCAUUGAUUUUCUUCGACACCAAUUAUGUUAUGGUAAAAUGUAUGGCACAGGACCCUAAUAGUAAACUGUAUGACACAGGCCCCUUACUUAGCGUACAGGUGAGCGCUUGGUAUAUCGUUUUCUCGAGUAUAAGAUCUUGACAAUAAGCGCACCCAUUGACGUUCGUGCAGGUUUCAGUUCACGUUCUCCUUGAGCAGACAGCCGAGCGUAACUUUCCGAACCACUUUACUGACCUGGCCUACUGGGAGUCAUUGAUUUUGUUGAACCAUACAUUUUUUUUCCCUACAUUUUUAGCCUUUUUCAGACGUUCAAACUGUAGGAAAGGCGCAAAAAGAUUUAACGAGGAAAAAAAGCGAGCGGGUGAACGCCUGGAAUAGGCUAUGAAAUUUUUGAAGAAAUACAAAGUAUAACAUUGUGGUCGUCAUGGGUGUUAGUCGCUGGUUUCUAUUAAGACACGCCGUUUUCCCAUCCUUUUUAUAGCUGAAUGCGGAUCUCAGGAAACUAGCAGUGAACAUGGUUCCUUUCCCUCGUCUUCACUUCUUCAUGCCUGGAUUUGCCCCCCUCACCAGCAGAGGAUCGCAGCAAUACCAAUCACUAUCAGUACCUGAACUAACCCAGCAGAUGUUUGAUGUCAAGAACAUGAUGGCUGCAUGUGAUCCAAGGCACGGUCGUUAUCUGACGGUGGCCGCCAUGUUUCGUGGCCGUAUGUCCAUGAAGGAAGUGGAUGAACAGAUGCUGAAUGUUCAAAACAAGAACAGUUCAUACUUCGUGGAAUGGAUCCCCAACAACGUCAAGACCGCGGUCUGUGACAUCCCUCCUCGUGGACUGAAGAUGUCUGGUACUUUCGUUGGUAAUAGCACCGCUAUACAGGAACUGUUCAAAAGAAUCGGAGAGCAGUUUACUGCUAUGUUUAGGCGCAAAGCGUUCCUGCAUUGGUACACUGGCGAAGGCAUGGAUGAAAUGGAAUUCACUGAGGUAAAAAAAGGUUAAACUGCAUGGACAAGAAACGAAUAUCUUUAUAUAGUAUAGUACUCUUCACGGCAGUGCAAACGUCUCACUUUCCGUUUUCAGGGUCUCUCUAUGAUCGUUUCGGCUCACGAUAACUUAAGCCUGGCUCUCAAUAAAUAAUGCCCCUGAAGUACCUGCGACAUAGCAACCGGUACUGCACGCUUGCGGUACCACUCUGACAUAUGAAGACAUAAAGGCCACCGGCAACAAGAAACAUCGCAGGUCUUUACCGCCGGCAUGCCUGCGAAGUUGACUCGAAGUUUGGAAGGCCUACUUUGUAGGUCUUAAAGUAAAAUAGCUUCAAAGAAGACAUUUCUUUUUAUAAAAAUGAUUAGUUUCACUGAUUUUUUUUUUCACAGGCUGAAUCCAACAUGAACGAUCUUGUGUCAGAGUACCAGCAAUACCAAGACGCUACAGCUGAAUUUGAUGGCGACUUUGACGAGGAAGAAGAAGAAGAGGGUGAAGCGGCAUAAAACUCACCAAAAUAAAACAGACAGUAGCUGCUAGCAGGAAUAACCUAUAACGCCGUUUUAUAGUUCAUAAAUGGGCUAACAAAUUAGAAACAAGGGAAAGACAAAAAGCUAACACAGCUGGACAGCACAGAACUGUUAAAGAAGCGUAUCACACAAAUCAUGGCUUAGUGUUUUCAUGCAAACUAUAGGGUAGAGUGUCGUUAAUGCACAAAACGACCCCUGACAAACAGGAGAAGGACAUAAAUUCAUUUACCAACGUGCAAGCCAACCAUUAACAAUACUUUUGGAGUGUAACGCCAGCCAUGACUUGCCUAAGCUUCAGUCGACUUUCUCCCCAAUACAAGUCAAAGACAAUAAAUAUUAAAACCUGCUUUUAAGUACUAGAAGUGUAGUAAAGUCUAACAAAACCGGGCCGACAGCUCCGCUGCAUUCUUAAGCACAGCCGAGGAGGGGUGUUUUUGCACAUUAAACUACUAAAUACUAGAGACACGUCAACAAAACUCAAGCCGCCAAGUCAUGGCAUCUGAGACGUAAGCCUGCAAUGCCAACAGCAGUAUAGUUUUCAAAGUAAUCUAUUUCGUAGUGAGCUUCACUGUAAUGAAGGAAAAAAAAAACGAGUAAAAACAAAUUCUGCUUACUUUUUUUGUGAUAUUAAACAAGCUUGAUGUUCUGGGC